AUAAAAAAUAAAAAAUGACCGAGCAAGUCCUCAUAUAAAAGCUCCUGCCCCCAAACAAACUUUCCACAAAAAUCAUCUUUCAUAUUUUCUUUUUCUCUACUUAUAUACAUAAAAAGGGCCCUGCAAUUACAAGCUGCGAAAAAUUAAAUUAAAAAAGGAAAACCCUAAUUUCGGCAAUGGCCAGAACUGAUCAAGAAGCAAUCGAGACUUUCAUCAACAUCACCGGGGCAUCAGAAGCUGUUGCCAUUGAAAAGCUUGAGGAGCAUGGUGGUGAUCUCAAUGCAGCUGUAAAUGCACAUUUCAGCGAAGGAGAUAGAAACACCACAAGGUCAACGUCAACUGUAGUUCCUGUAGAUGACGCCAUGGAUAUAGAUGAUCCAAUAGAAGAUGUACCAAGCAGGCCAGCCUUUCCACUUCUUCCAGCAUCUAGAACAAUGAAUGCAUACUCAUUGCUUGAUCCAAACUUUCGCAGAAGCUUCUUUGAUGGUGUUUCUGAUUUUACAACUCGUGAACCAUUGGUUACACAUCCAAGAGAGGUGAGGGAGGUACCAAUAGAGGUUAAGGAUAGCAGUGAGCCAUCAAGUCGUUCUGGUCAUGCUCCGUUCAUUGAGGAUGUCUCUGAAACUGCACCAGCACAUGAACCAAUUACCAAUGAGACUAUUAUAGUGGAUGAAGUGGAUGAGGAUUCUACCAUGCUGCCAGGUCAGCAGAAUAAUCCCUCCCGUGACCAACAUGUUACACCCAGUGCUCCUGUCUUUGAUAAUUUGCCAGACUAUGGUAAUGACAUUGAAGAACAAAUGAUUCGAGCUGCCAUUGAGGCUUCCAAAUGGGGUGUUGAGGAUUUAAGUGAUCCUGGCCCUCCACCUAAUCAGCCUCAUGUGGAGGAGGAUGCUCAACUUGCAGAAGCAGUUUCUUUGUCCUUGAAGACAGCGGAGCAAGAGAAGGCAUUGCAUGAGCAGGGUUGGUCCGGAACAUCAGAACCCGAAGCUUCUAAACCAGCUGACGUGCAACUUGGGCACCUGGAAGUCUCAAAUGGGAGGUUAAUGAGAGGAAGCUCUUCCAUUCAUGAUGAUGCCGAAGAUGUAGAGGAGCAGCCUCUAGUUAGGCGCAGGACCAGACAGGCAUCAUCUGGCUCAGGGGAAUCUGUGAAAGAAAUUGGAGUUGUUGAGGCUAGCUCACCAUCAAAUCCUGGACAGCAAGAUGCAGGCAAUCUCCCACGGAACAAUGGGAAUGCCUUUCCUUCUGAUGAGUGGGGAGGCAUCUCCUCUGAGGAGCAUGAUGAGGCAGUCAUGCUUGAGGCUGCAAUAUUUGGGGGAAUCCCUGAAAGUAGAUAUCAUUUUGCAUAUGCACCUCAUCAGUUCAUGCGACCUGAGGGAUCCAAUACCUGGCGUAGCCCUCGUCCUCCAUCACCCUCUUUGGCAGCUCAACGCUUGAUACGGGAACAGCAAGAUGAUGAGUAUUAUGCAUCAUUGCAAGCUGACAGAGAAAAAGAGUUGAAAGCAAUUGAAGAAGCCGAAGCUCGCCGUUUAGAGGAAGAAGCAGCUAGAAAAGCUGCUCUUGAAGAAGAACAGCGAAAAGAGGAAGAGCUUCGCAGGAAAGUGGAGGAGGAGCAGGAAUGUGAGAGACAAUUAGCUGCUAAAGAAGCUUCUCUGCCUCAAGAGCCAGCAGCCAACGAGCAAAAUGCAGUAACCCUUCUUGUGCGAAUGCCAGAUGGCAGUCGCAGGGGCCGCCGGUUUCUCAAGUCUGAUAGACUGCAGUCUCUAUAUGACUUCAUCGAUAUUGGUAGAGGAGUGAAGCCAGGCACUUAUAGACUGGUGAGGCCAUACCCAAGGCGUGCUUUUAGUGAUGAAGAGAGCAGUUUGACACUAAAUGAACUUGGGUUAACAAGCAAACAAGAGGCCCUAUUCCUGGAGUUGAUCUGAUCUUAAUAACGUCUCAUUCCUACACAAAUAUUUGUAGAAAUUUACUCUGAAAUUUAUUUAGUUUUAUUGGAAUAUAAAGUACUACAUGGAGUAGUGGAAUUUCCCAAGGGUUGCUUGGUUGUAUUUGGUUGAUGAAAUUUCAGGAGAGAGUACAAUUAAUCUGAAUUGACGAUGGCCGGUAUUCUGCA